UACAGUUAACUAGUAGUAUUUGGGAUUCCGAUCGAUCUUGUUUCAACGUCAUUUUGCUGCGUCUGUUACAGUAGCUCGUGUCACUUUCUCGGCAACUUUACCUGCUCUUUUUAUAGCCCCCAUCAGUUCAAGCCUCACUCAUCCUAAUCCAGCAUCAGUCCCAGCUCGAUCUCCCUACAACUCGCAAGGAAAAUCCUCUGAAUCUCUCCCAUGGAAGGCAUCAUCCCGUUCAUCUUCAAGGCGGUAGCGCAGUACAAGGAGGGAGGGCACGUAUCCCUCAGCGACAUGAUCUCCGACAGGCCGUCGCCGGCGUCGUACGUGCUCCUGCCGGGGGACUCUGACGGCCGACACGCCGAUGACAAGACCCAGCCACUUCGUCUUCAGGCUUCCACCGGCUCCGAGGAGGAGGUCACCACCUGCACCGCCCGGGCGUCGCACCUCCGGUGCUCCACGCUGCGCCGGCGAGCUUAGGAUGCCGUGAACUGCUACGCCGAUCAAACUGCAGGUGCCAGUCGUUCAGACAAUUUGAGGUUUGUGGUGCUGUGCUUGUGCAGUGCAGACAGUGAGAGAUGUAAGGAGCCUAGUACUUUAGCUAGUUUGGGCUUUUCAGCCUAUAGCAUCUAUAAGCGACCUUUACUUUUUUUUUUUAGCUGUUUAUGCUCUGUAACGAGGUGCAGGUCUCCAAAGGGAAGAUUUGUGCGUCGAAGGGCGAAACGCUUUGUAUCUUGAGAAAAACGAAUUUGUAAAACAAUACUGUGCGUGUAACUGUAUAAAUUUGGUGAUAGGUUCUGUAUGCAGAGAGGUACGCAUAUGCAAGUGCUAUCUCGGUCACUGUGAUUGAUUUGCCUCUGAAGAAAAAAUUCUCCUGUUACCUGAUGCAGGACUGCCGUU